CAGAGCGUGAAAAAAUGGCUGCUGAUGGGCCAAAUGCAGACGGCAAUGAUGACUUCAACCCUAGAUCUGGCGAAUUAGAGUGCACAGAAGAACAUAUAGAGAGCGAAUUGAAAGCUCCAGAAGAAAAACUGUAACCAGCUUUAUUUUGACAUAUCAAAAAAUGCCAUUUAAAAAUAUUAUAAAUUCAUCACCAUUAAUCCAUUCAUUAUUUAUUAAUUUUGUGAAGUCGAAAACCUUUCGAGCAGACUCACGUUUGAAAAGCGAAUUCAAUUACAAUGAUAAUGAGCAGUCCUAAUUAAAUAGGCCCAAAGCCUAGGCAUAAUGCUUAAAAGUUAAGUAGUAGAACUAGGCUAAUAAUGAUCUAUUUAAUGAUACUAAAUAAUAGGUCUACAAAUACAUUAUAAUGUAGUUAAGAAUUGAAUAGAAGUACAAGUUAAGUUAAGUAGGCCAUGCCAUGAUGGUCAAAACAAUGAUAAUAGUACUCAUAAUCAUACUAUUUUAAUUUGAAUCAUUCAUGCAGUCAAUGAUGAUGAUACUGAUAACAUUAAUAUUACAAUUUUAAAAAUAUAGGCUAUACAGAGUUGCUAUGGACCAUGGAUAAUAAAUUAUUGGCAGUGUCUACACGUCCGGAGCGCCGGGCGUAUAUCUCCCGCACUAUUUGUCAUGUGACGGCCGGAAGAAUACUUUAUCGAGAUAUUCAUCGGGCGACCAAGUCACAUGACCGCCGUAACAAUGUGGCGCGAGAUAUUUGAUCGUCAGCCUUGUCACGUGACCGAGAAUGAUUCAAAACUAUUGUUAAUUUUAAUAUCUAUUUUCUACCAAGUAAUUUACUGAGUAUCUUGCAAACAAAUAAUAGAAAAAAUACUGUUAAUUACCAAAACAAAGUGUGGGUUAAGCAAUGAUGCACUCUAGAAGGAAGCCAUCAAUGCUGAGAGUGAGGGAGAGAGAAUUACGGUAAUAAAAAUAAGAAUGCUAAAAAAAUAAUAGUGAGGGUGAUAAAUAAUUAAUUUUAAGGCGGGGAGGCCGAUAGUACACAAAGAAAUAGACCCUACAGUACACAAAGAAAUAGACCCUACAUCUUAAUAUAGGGCCGAUAUAGUGGUAGCCUAGCCUACUUCUCAUGCAAUACUAAAUACUGGUACAUACCGAAAUACAACUUUAUUGACAUAGGUCUAUUGAAGUCUACUGGUCUUAUUUUAUUUGGUUCAUAUUUUCAAUUUAGGCUUCAAGGUAGAGCUUAACAAGAUGUAUUAACUAAGAUAAGGGACUUUUUUCUUUGAAGAGUCGGAAUCAAAUAGACUAGUAAUAGUAGUAGUAAUAGUACUACUAGUAAGUAUAUAGGCCGACUAGUUUAAUAUUCAAAGUCAAACACUUCAUGUAUCUCAUAGCAUUUUAAUAUAUUAACAUAUUCAGCAUUUAUUUAUUAUCUAGGGAUCGGCUAACUAAUAUAUGUACACAACAUUGGAAUAUCAAAUGCAAUGCAACUAUUUUGCCGGCGACCACUUAUCACAUGACCUGCCGGAAUAGUAACGCCUACUAGUUGUCCGGCGGUCACAUGACAUGAAUAUCUUCCACUAGUCGUCCGUCGGUCACGUGACAUGCCGCCAGACUUAUAUUUCCUGAACUAUUUGUCAGACGCGCCGGACGUGUAGACACUUGGUUAAUUAUUUAUGUAGUAAGUUGGCCCACUAUUCACUAUGCAUGUCUAUGAAAUGACUAUACUAUACUACUCUAUUCUAUACUAAUAACUAAUAAUAGUAUUGUCAUUGUGAAGUACCGGUAUAAGAAUCAUGUUGUUAGUAUGUAUUAUGUCAGGACUAGAUAAAAGUAGGGUAAACAUCCAGUUAGGUGCCCAAAUUCACAACAUGUAAUUAGUGAAUGACAAUUAAGCACUUUAUUUAAACAUAAAUAAAACAGUACGAAAGUCAACAUAGAUAAUUGUCAGCAACCCUAUAGGCCCAAGGAACUGCAGAUCAUCUUCUUGAACUUUCGAAAGAUAAAUUCAUGGAUGUAUGACAGAAACUGUUUCCUUGAGGUUCAGAACUGGCACCACAGCUUUAUUUUUUAUCCACAUAUUCUCCACUGUCCAGGUGUGGACCUCAGGGUCAUUUGGAUUUGGGUCAACCUCAUUUUUCAUAAGUGCCAAUAGCCUUUCAUGACUCCAGCAGAGUAAACCAUUACUUAAAUAUCAGACCUGUUUUAAACAGUGCUUACUCAUAUGAUUUUGGUGUACAAUAUACGAUUUUGAUAUGUUUUUUAUGAUUGUCAGCCAAGACCUAUCAGAAUUAUGAUUUUACGAGACCAUGUUAAAAAAAUGUAUUCCAGUGGUGUUUACGAUUUUUAAAAAAUUAUUGUAAUAAAUAAAACAAUAUUUUUUGUUGUUAAAUUGGCUGUAAAAGGGGUGCUUACGUAUGGUUGUGCAUGGGAGGGGUAGGGCCGGUGUCUAAAUAUUUUUAAAGGCUAUAAAAUAAUACCAUGUUUCGUAAAAAUUGUCAUAUCUUUGCUUUAUGUUUUCACAAUUAACUCGCUAGAUACAGCAACAACAAUAUUUAGCAUAUUCACCCUGGUGACAAAUUUAGUAAACAUUCGCUUUUGUUUGCCUCGGUGCUAUAUGAUGUAAUUUUGUGACAUAAUUUUUUUUUUUUCGGCUGAACACCGGCAAUAGCAAAAAGAUAAAAAAAAUUUAGAAUGCAUUCUCAACUGCUUCGCACAGUGUUAGAUUUUGACAUAUUUUAUAAGAUCUAGUAAGCGGCAUUUGAAAUCUAUUUUAAGAAAUCACUAAGCAGCUCUACAAUUUUAAUACACCAGCCCUCCUCCUAUCCCAAAUCAGCUUUCAGUAUUUAUUAAACUAUAAAUAUAAUAUGUUAAUGGGAAAAUAAUAUUAGGUUUAUAGGCUUUAUGCUAGAGUGUGAAUGUGAAAUUCGGGGUUAAAUAUUGUGUUCACCAGAUGUAUCACAAAUGAACUUACUCCUUCAUUCAAUUAGCGAUUAUUUUCAGUUUUGGCAUAAAGGCACAUUUGAAAUAUAUAGGUCUAAACAUCAUUUUUGUGGACGGUAUGCACCAUUUCAGUAUAUUCCCCCCCUUUUUAGACAGAUUAAAAAAAAUAAAUUGAAAUGAGUAAUAAAUUAUAAAACAAUUUGACUAUUUAGGAACUAAAAGGGAUUUAAAUAAACAGCUCAGUAAGAGGUACCUAAUUUUUGGCAACCAUUUUGAUUAAUUGUAGAAUGAUGCAAAACUAUAUUCAGGUUUACUCUUAACGAUAUUGGUGUACAAUGUAUGAUAUUGAGGUGUUUUUUAUGAUUGUAUGCCACAACUAUGAUUUUAAGAAGCUAUGGGUUGAAAAUAUAUACAUUCCGGUACUUUUUGCGAUAAAAAAAAUAAUCAUUAAAAAAGUAAAUUUUUUAUUGUUAGUUUCAACCUACUUUCUACCUACAGCAGUGAAUGGAUCGAGAAAUACUAUUGGUUGGGGACCAACUGUAUUUAUAUUAUAUUUGUCCUGAGAGGGGAAGGUGGGGGUUGAUUUGAAAGUCAUAUUAACAUGCUAUGCAAGGCGAUUUUUCUGGAGCUGCGCAGGAUUAGUCACAUCAGGCCCUUCCUAACAAUUGAUGCAACAAAGAGGCUGAUGUCUGCAUUUGUGCUAUCACGCAUGGACUAUUGCAAUGCUCUCAUGGUGGGUCUUCCAGCUACGCUCCUGGAUAAAAUUCAAAUAGCACAGAAUAAUGCGGCUCGCAUUGUUCUCCGCAAACGCAAGUUUGACCAUGCAAAAACACUUCUGAGAGAGCUGCACUGGCUGCCAGUGCGUGCUCGCAUGGAGUACAAAAUCGCAACUUUGUGCUACCGCUGCUUACAUGACCUGGCGCCGUCCUAUCUGAAAGAGCUGCUGACGCCUUAUGUACCCACUAGAGAGCUCCGCUCAUCCGAUAGUGGCAAACUCUCGACACCACGUGUUUGCCUUGAGACUUACGGAAAGCGCACUUUCGCAUUUGCUGGUCCAACAAUUUGGAACGCCCUUCCUGUCGAUCUCAGAAACAACCAGACACUGGAGUCCUUUAAAACCGAUUUAAAGACACAUCUAUUUCGCAAACACCUUCUGGGAUGAUUGUCUACCUUAUUUUCCAGUUAAUGCAUAAUGGCUGUGUUGCUUAUGGUUGAAAUGGCUAGAAAGACUUUGACAUUGUAUGCUUGUAAUUAGUUUUUGUAGUGUUGCGUUUGUUUUAAAUGUGGUAAAUUAUAGAUUUGUUUUUUUGUUGACUUUGUACCGCGCUUCGAGCCUUUGGGGAUGAAGCGUGUUUUUGAAAUGAACUUUAUUAUUAUUAUUAUUAUUAUUUAGGACAGAGGUCACCAAACUAGGGUCCACGAGGCCAGUUAAUCUGGCCCGCCGAUGGUACUUAAACUUGCUUGAUAAAAUGUAUGGAACAUAAGACAUUGUGAUAAAAUUUAAAUUUCAAUAUUAUGUUUAGAAUACCAGGAGAUCUUCACACGUGCGUAGACCUCCUGGUUGCUAUGCGCCUUAAAUACCCAUUUUCAAUUAAAAAUGUUUGUGUCUAGAUUUUCUUAUUUAUUACAGACCUGUUUACCUUCGAACUCCUAAAAUCGUACAAUAUCGUCUCAAAAUUGUACAAUACGGUAUCUUAAUAGUCAAUAAUAAACAUGCAAUAUAUAUAAUGUAUACAAUAACUACUCGUAUCGCGGUGUCUACUGGGAUCUAGUUAAGCUGGCGUAAAAAAUAGUUUACUAAAAGUAGAUGACCGACGUUUAUAACACAAUCUGAGGUCACUUUGUUUUGCAGACUUGUAUUGGCUAUAGGUAUAAAUUUAUACUGAGUGGACCCACAGAUCACAUUAUCUCAGUCCUAUCACUGGUAAAAAUAAAGUUACUGUUGAAAUUUAACGUGGUUCAAACUCGAACUCGGAUCAGCUUAUAUCUAGAUGUAUUUAAAUAAAAAUCAAUUAAAAAAUGAUGAAAUCAUUUCAAAAAAACCUACCAAGUAACUUCAGCUUGUUGUUUUUUGGAAAAAUUAGUUAAAUAAAAUAAGAAUUAAUUUCCAUCAAGCCUAUUCCCAUUAAAAUAUUAUAGUCUGAUAACUACUACAAACUGUAAAUGGGUGAAAGAAAGAGGAAUGUUGGAAACAUGCUGAGACAUUAAAAAUCAUAGUCGUCACUCACCCAUGAUUAACAUGGAAUACUAAACUUAGUUUUGUAUUUUUUUCCUAGAGAUUUAGUUCUGGCUUGCAAGUAUUUUACAGUAUGAUUAUCUGGCCCGCGCUCAUCUUUUUUUUCCCGUUAUCAGGCCUGCAGUGAAAAAAGUUUGGUGACCCCUGAUAUAGGAGAUUUUGUGUACUGGUAUGCUGGGAGGUCUAAAUAUUCAAGUCUAUUGUUAAAAUAUAUUCGGGGUUUUGCUGUACACGAAUAAUAGAGCCCCCAAAUGUUAAAACUUCGACUACGAAUAAUAUUCGAUGUUUAUAAUUUUAUAAACAAAGGUCCCUUCUUCUAUGUUAGAUUAGUAAUGCCACUAGGGCUAUGUCUAGGGUAUGAUUAUAUUGCAAAUUAAGUACUCUAAAUUAAUCUCACUCCACACUCACUCUAACGUUCAAUGACACUCUCACUAACUCUCACUUCUAUUAAUACUAUCACUAUACUAAGAAACACAGGGUGUUCAGCCCACAAAUAAAUAUUUAAUUAUAAAUAGAAUUAAUGACACACUUACACAUAUAGAGCAAUGUCUAAUUAACUAUCUAAUACUUAGGUCUAAUACAAUUUUUCCAUGGAUUUAGUUGCGAUUGGUGAUCUGUCCUCUGUAGGCAAGUCCAACACGCACACACCCCCAGCAGCCCUCUCCUCGGGUCACAGCGGCUUGGUUGUGUAACUUGUCUCAGGUCACUGGCACUGCGAUGUGGUAGGUGUCGACCUUGAACUUCACUGGGGGUACACACACACAGUUCACGCUACAGUCUUGUUUGAUUUAGCUUCACUCACAGGUCACUGGUCACUGCGAUGUAACAGGUCUCUGCUCGAGUCUCUGCUAUUCUUGUAGUAGUAGUAGUAGUUAGGCCUAACCUACACUUAGUUCUUUUAAUCGGAGAUCGUUAUUCUGACCCUAACGACUGACUCCACUAACUGAACUGUACUAGCUCAACUGUUAUUACUUUACUGUUCUUACCAAGCUAUGACUUACUAGUUCAACUAUUAUUUACUGAUCAAAAUAUAACUUACUGGCCAAAUAUUACUUACUGAACUUAUUUUCUGGCUAACACAAUCAGGAUAAACACACUUCAUCAACUAAUUAUGCCAGCCAGGUGCUACUGACAGACUUCAGGUGAAAGAGGCCGUUACAUGAUUAGGGGGUGCCUUUUAUAUUGAUUACAGGGACGCUGUCCUGCAUUUCUAACAUGUGUCCGCAUUGGUACUCAAGCGUGGCUUGGUGUCCUGAAUUCUCAUGACUCAUUUGCGUCGCUUGGGAUGCUUUACCAGAAUGAGUGCAUUGUUUAACUUGUGUCACGGUCAAGGUUAUCAGGCUAACUUCCAUUGUUAUUUGAGUCAUUACUUAUUAGUUUAAGGCCCAGCCUAAUUGUGUCAUAUCGCGUGGGUUAGCGAUGGAGAGAGUGCGAGGACCAGCGGGUAUCAACUUCUAUAAAAUGAACACUGCCACAUUUUUGUAAUGGUAGUGGUGUUGGUCAUAUUGUUGCUUUGAGUGCUUUUAUAAUUAACUUGCUAGACAUGACAAUAAUAAUAUUAGCGUAGUCGUCUUAGUGCUGUAUGGUGUAAUUUUGUGACAUAACUAUUUUUUUGUAAGAAUCGCGGUGAGUCAUUUUUUAUAGGAUCUGAGACAGUAGUUGAAAUCUAUUUUUAGACCUCACAAGACAGCUGCACAAUUUUUAAUACCCCCUUUUGAUUCCAUCACUCCUCUUUCUGUCACCCAUUACAAUUUGUCAUAAUUAUGAGACUAUAAUAUGUUAGUGGGAAAUAGGCUUAAUGGAUGUUGAUUCUUAUUGGUUUUUUUUUUUAACCAGUUUUUCCUUAGUUAUAAAUCUCAAGUUACAUGGUAGGUUUUUUAAAUGAUGUCAUCAUUUGUUAAUUAAUAUUUAUUUCAGUUCCAGUUUCACCAGUAGCUUUUUUUUUUCCAGUGACAGACUGUGAUAAUGUGAUCUGCAUGUUCACUCAAUAUAAAUUAAUAUCUAUAGCAAAAACAUGUCUGCAAAAGAAAGUGAACCUAGUUUGCAAUAUAAAUGUCGGUCAUCUACUUUAAGAAGUUACCUUUUUGAAGUCAGCUUAACUCGACCCCACUAGACAUGUGAUGCGAGUAGUUAUUGCUUACAUUAUAUAUAUAUUUUAUGUCUAUUUAUUUACUAUUAAGAUACUGUAUUGUAAUUGUAUGAUUUUGAGACGAUAUUAUUUGAUUUUAGGAGUUAGUGGGUAAACAGGUCUGCAAUGAACUCCCAGAAUACGGCACCAGUAAUAGCAUAGCCACUCUGUUGAAAAAUUUAGUCACAUUAGCUUUUGUUUGCUUGUGUGCAGUAUGAUUAAUUUUGUGACAUAAUUAUUUAAUAUUUCGCCUGAAUUGCGGCAAGUACUAAAAUGGAGAAAUCUAUGGAUGCAGAAAUGCAUCCUUGCAUUUUGAAUUUAAAGCCCCCUCCUCAAACCACACAUCCACUUUUGCUUGGGUGGCUUUGGCCGGAAACCUGGAUUUCCUCCCCCCCCCCCAUCCCAUCUUCGUCUAUCAAGGUGGCAAUUAAUGGGCACCUUUUAAAAAUUUCUUUUUUAAUUAUAAAUAUAUAGAAGUCAUCUACUUUUGGAAGUAACGGCGAAUGGUUAUUUUAAACAUUAUACUGUAUAUUUAUUUAUUUAAUAUUACAAUAGGGUAUUGUAUGAAUUUGAGAUUGAUUAAUACUAUUCUGAAACGAUAUUGUACUAUUUUGUGAGUGUAACCCUUGUCUGAUAUGCCAGUCUAUUAAUUACAAGUAGACCUGACUGUUUGAAAUAAAUCAAAAUAAAUAAAUAAAUUUUCUCACCUGAGUCUAAGUCACGUCCAAGUAUUACAAUUUAAUGGUAUUUAAUACUGAUUAGUUGUCAUAAAUACUGUAUUUAUUGGCGUAUAACACACACUUUUUCUCCCUAAAAAUAGGGGGCAAAUCAUGUGUGCGUGUUAUACGCCAAUAUAAUGUUUAGUUUUUUUCCUGAAAUUUCCAUCUUAAAUUGAGGUGUGUGUGUUAUACGCCAAUAAAUACAGUAUUUUAAAUUAUGCCUGAAAAUUUCUACUAUCUUUUCAUAUCAAAUUCAAAGUUUUAAUCUUUAUCUAAAACUCUUUUUAUGAUUUCUUAAGCUUAAUAUCAAUUUAGCUAUCCAACUGGGCUGUCAAUAUUUUGUUUGAACAGUGUUAAUAGUUCUAAAGUAGAUUGGGUUGAUUUCAUUAAAAAAUUAUUUAAUUUUCAUGCAACUGUUUGCUAAAUUCUGAAUCAAUCAAAUUGGUUUUAAAAUAAUUUUCCAUGAAAACAAAGAGACAAUAGAAAUAAAAGUACCACCUGUUUGCACCUUGGUAAGAAAUUCUGGCCCCCUUGGUAAUCCUUUUGCUCCCUAAAACCCUUUUUUAUCACCUUUCUGUAGAUAAUGUCACUGCAAUUUUAAAGGGGGAUAGAUGGUGGCAGUACAGCCCAUUACAUUCAUAUUUACCACAUUCCAAGAAUACAAAUAUAAAUGGACAAAAUACUUAAGUACCAUUAGUCAAUUAAAAUCUUUUUGCUUAAAAAUUGACCUUUAAUUUAUUAUAAGUAACAUGGACAUAUUUUCACUUAUAUUCAUUUUCUCAAGCUGGUACCAUGGCAGACUUGACAGACAGUCAGCAGAGGAUUGCUUGCUCAAUAGUGGGAAAGUUGGAAGUUACCUCAUUCGCGAGAGUGACAGCAAACCUGGCUCUUUUGUGUUGUCUUAUCUUGGGCAAUCGGGUCCUCCAACACAUUUUAGGUACGAGUUUAAAUUUGAAAAUAAAAAUCUUCAAAUAUUGGCUAUUUUCGACAGACUAAAAUUGAAAUAGGGAUUAUUAAGAACUAGAGAAGUUAAAAUUUUGAUAAAUUUUUGAUAAAUGUAUUAUUUGUAAUUAAUAUUUUAUGACAUUAUUUUAGAAUUUGACUUAUUUAAAGUUAUUUUUAUUGGUUUAUUUGAUUCAACAUUUUAUUUUUCCAGAAUUAUUGCGAUGUGUGGAGAUUAUUAUAUUGGAGGGCGUCAGUUUGAGUCGUUGUCAGACCUUAUUGGAUAUUAUACAUCUUGCUCAUGCCUCAUGAAAAAUGAGCAACUUAGGUAUCCUGUUCCACCAGCAGAGGUAAAGUUAUAUAUUCCAUUAAAAAAAAUAAACCCAACAUCAGAUAAAUGAUGACUAUUUGAAUUUUACUAACCCUUUGAAAAUGCAGGUUUUCAAUUGGAAUGAAUUUUUUUAAACCAGAUAUGUUGUUUGUGGAUUAUGAAAUACAUUAAUAAGCUAAUUUCAAAUUAUCUGUAACUAAUUUAAUCGUUAAAAAAUAAUCUAGUGUGCAGAUUAAUUUAAUAAUUUAAAAAAAAUGCAAAUCAAAAUUAAGAAAGUUGAGGUCAUAUGGUCACAUAAUAAACAAAAAGUAGGUAAGAAAGAAAUAUUAAAACAACAUUUUUGCUAUAUUAUUGAAAUGUAAAUAAAAGUUCAUGUACAUGGAGGCUGUCCUUGUUUUUUUGACAAUUUAUAGUCAGCUAUCACGGGAAGGAGUGUGAGUAAUAUAUCUGAAAGCAUUUCCUAAUGAACAGACCUAUGUUUGCUUGGGUAAAAUUACUAGUAUUGGAAUGGAAAAUAAAUUAAACCAAUAUUUUAAAUUUUCAUAGAUAAAUUUCAAAUAUAUUUUUUCUUUUAUUUGAUGACAGUGUUAAAUUAUCUAAAUUGAGAAAAGAAUCAAAAUUUAAAUUAACCUAACUUCUCUUCAGUAGGCCUAGCCAUAAAUAAUUUCUGUAAGUUCACUCAUUAAUAAAUCUAAAGAAAAAUAUUCAGCUAAUUUUCAUUAUUGCAUACCAAAAACAAAGAGGAACAUUUGUUCUUUGAAAAAAUGUGUAUAACAAAACAUUACCUUUUAUUAAAAUUUUAAUCAGUGUCACAUGCAUCAUUCAUCACAACCAUAAAGUUAACUUUUGAGGGAUAUAUAAGGGGAAAGUUUUGAACUGAUAUUUCUCAUUAUAUUGUCAAUAAAAAAGGAUUUAUUUUUCAGCCAGUAGAUGACAGACGGAGAGUCUUAGCUAUGUUUUCCUACAGAAAAAUGCCAGAAACAGAUGAACUUAAGUGAGCAGCUUUAAAAUUGAUCACAUUUUAAAUAAUUAAGAUGUUUGUUAUUCAAACAUUUAAUUUAUUUAAAUUCAUUGUUUUUCUGAAUACUAUUUUUGAAUAUUCAAUUAUGAGAGCAAAAAAAACAAAUAGUAUCAAUCUAUAUUUCAGUUUUGAUAAAGGAGACACAUUUAUUGUGCACAAUGAAUUGGAAGAUGAGUGGUUGUGGGUUACAGCAGAAAGAACAAAGGAGAGUGGACUUGUUCCAGCACAAUUUGUGGAAGAACUGGUAUGUGGGAAUACUUAACAAUGAAUGAUUUAGGACUUCUAUAAAGAUUUUUUUUCAAAAAUUAAUUUGUUAAAAUUGGGACAUACACACUCAUUUAAGCUAAUUUCAAUUAAUUAAGCUGCCCACAGAUACUACCUACCAGGUAAGUGCUAUUUCUUAUUUUUAUUUUUAUACCGUUUUCUUCUGUCGUUUUGUUUGCUGACAAAGGCUUUCUGCUGACACGUUCGCUGUUUUGUUGCGUUUAUUUUUUCAGGUUUAACCCUACUCUGUUUUACUCAUUUUAUUAUGAAACCUCAAAAGUUCUGAUUUGUUUGGGUUAGUUUUAGCAAAAUGAAAUCUAUCAAACUUUUUGGAGUGAAUAAUAAAUAAUCUAGCUUUAAAAAAAACAACAGAAAUAGAAAGAUUAUUUUUAAAAAAUAUAUUUAUGUGAGAAAUGCUGUCAUAAAAUUAUCAAUGGAUUUCUUAGAGAAUUUGCAACUACUUUUUAUUAAAGAGAAAAAAAACAAAAUUAAAUUUGGCAAUACAUUCUUUAAAAAUUUUUUUUUCUUAUUUUGUAAACAAUAUUAAAUUCUUCUACAAUGCCUGAAUGACUUGGAUUUAAAAGAAAUAUAUUUUUAAUUAUAACAUAACUAUUGUUAAUAUUUUAUUCUUUAGCAUAUAAUGAAAAUGCUACUUUAAUAAACUGAUUAGACUUACUUAUAUAUAUACUCUAGACUGGUGAUCCUGUUGAGGCGCUUCCUUAUUUUCAUGGCAACAUCACCAAAGAUGAAGCUGUAGAAAAACUUUUGAAAGGUGGGUUUUAACUGUAUAGCUGAAAAAAUAUUUUGGUACCACUUGUUUGCAUGUUCCAGAUCAUGAAUGGAUCAAUUUGACUGAUCUUCAGCUGUAACUCCCUGUUCUUAAACACCACAUAUAUUUUUGUGAAAUCUAUAGUAUCUUCUAUGUAAUCCAUUUCAAAAUAUAUUGAUAUAUUCUUGGAGCAUCCAGGACUUUCUCUACUGUAAUAUAAGCCUUGAUUUGGGUAGAAUUGUUUUUUAUAGUUGGAAAAUUCAUUAAAUUAUUUUGUUCUCAGCUGGAGAAGGCAGCUAUUUGGUAAGACCAAGUGAAAAUUCUCCUGGAGACUAUUCUUUAUUUUUCCUUUGUGGAAAAGAAGUAAGACGAUUUCGAAUAGACAAGAAAGGGCGAUUCCUUCAUUUAGGAGGAAGAUAUUUUGACAGGUAACUAAUUAUAGUUACAUAUCUUGAAAACUGAAGAAUUCUUUGUUACACUUCGUCUAUAUCCUUACAAUGUCGAAAGGUUUAAUCCUUAUGUAUGUGUAUUCAUAUGUAGUAUUCAUGUUUAAUUAUUAAAUUUUAAUAUAAAAUUAAACGACAAAUAAUCUGUUUAAUAUUCAACCAUGUUUGUUAGAGAUAAAAAGAUAUCUAUAAAAUGAUUAGAUAAACUAUAAAUUAUUCUUACUCAAUUUUAUUUUUCAGUUUGUUUGACAUAAUCAAGCGAUACACAUCAGAAGAAAUAGUUGAAGGCUUUAAGCUUAUAUCAGCAGUUUACAGAACAAAUCGAGUAAAUAAUUUUUUUCUAAUAUUUUUCAAAACUUCUAAAUCAAUUGAAAUAAUUAAACUUUUCUUACUUCAGAUUUUAAAAGCCAAGUGCAUUUCAGACUUGUGCACAAGGUCUAUUCUGUAGUAAUUUAUUUUGAUUGAUUUCAAAGUUGUUAACUAUUGAAGUCAUUUAUUACACUCCACAAUGAAUUGUAACUGCAUCAUCUUUUUAACCUCUUUUUGAAAAAUUUUGGUGUUGCUAUCUUCCACUAAUUUUAAAUGGUUUUGAAAAUUCUUUGUAAUCCUUUAAAAAUUAGGAUCAAAAUGUGCAUGAUGCAGCAAAAUGAAUAAAAAAUAUAUUUAGUUCACUACAAAUUUACACCAGCAACCAUGAAAAAAACUGUUGAUGCAAAACAUGUUGCACAUUUUGAUAUUUAUGAUUAAGAUUAGUCAGUUUUUAAGAAACUUGAAUUAUCGAUACCUUGGGUCUAAACUAAUGAAAAUAGCAGCUAAUUGCUUUAAAAAAAAUUCUGUUCCUAAAGCAUUCCAUUAAAAAAAAAUCUGUUUGGACAAAAAAAAUAAACAAAAGGAUGUACUUAGAAAUGUAUAAUAAUAUACCAUUUCAUUUUUGUACGGUUAAUUUUUUAAAGUUGUUUUGCUUAAGUAUCUAUUGAAAAGACAAAGAUGUCAGAAAUAAAUAAGUAUGUACAGGUGUAAGAACAUGACCAAUGAAUUUUAAGUAUUUUUUGGUUGAAAGGAAAAUUUUAAGUUGGCUUUGUAGAUAAAAAAAAAAAAUCCUAACCUUUGCCUUUUAUAGUGUCAUUUAAAAAUCUGAUACUAAGUUUUGUGGUAAGUUUUAUUGGUAUUUCUUUGUGAAUAAUUUUGAGACAUUUGAAAUGUUAUUUAAACUUAUUUUAUCUUCAGCUUGUCAGUAGUAUCGAUGACAGAUUUGAGGCUGUUGAUGGGACAGAUGAGACUUAUUCUUCAAUUAGACAAAGUUCUGGUCCCAGUUUGCUCACUCGCAGCAAUGAUCGGAUAGAUAUGACUGGGUUUCUUAACAAAAGAAGUAUGUAUCGUGAAUGCCCUGUAGCAGUUUUCUUUAAAAUAUACAUUAUGUCAAUAUACUGACAUUAUAGGUUGAUGUUUGAUGAUUAGACAAUCUUUUAAAAUUACUUUAGUUUGGCAAGGACUUUUAUUCCAAGGUCAGUCUAAAAAAUGCUUGCCCUAUGGCUCACUAACUCUGCAUCCCAGAGGUUAGAGGCUCUCAAAUGCUUUAAAUUUUAUUAAUUUUUUUUCCCUAUAUUUGAGGACCCUCAAUCAUUUUAUUGAUCAUUCUGGUUCCUGGUUUUGAAUCCAGAGUUGCCAUCCAAGGCUAAUGGGUCCCAUCCACCUAGGGUGCUUGGGAUGUUUUUUCUUGUCUUGGCUUUGGUGGGGGUUGAAUUCCAGACCACCAGCUAUUUGUAUUGUGUCAGUUUAGACCCAGCACUCAAUAUUAUUACACAUACAUUUUUAUAUUUGGUAAUGCACUGGUUAUUUAAGAUAUAUAUUUAAAAAUUUUUUAUUUACAUCUAUUUGUGUAACCAGAAAAAUAUAUUGUACUUAUAGUGGUACAUAUACGACUAUUUGAGAAUCACAAGCAUUUGAAACAACUUAAACAAUAUAUUUUCUGCUUUAAAAAUGUUUCAAUCAAAUAAUUACAUUAACAUUUUAUUUUUCAGGUGACAGGAAAAAACUAUGGAAAUCUUUUUAUUUUGUCUUAAAUGGAACUGAUAAAUAUCUCUAUUAUUUUGAAAAUGAAAAGGUAGGACUGCUAUCAAUUUUUUUUUCCAUUAUCAUGUAUUCCAACAUUAUGUUUAAAAAUUGUAAAUAUGUAUUACCAAUGAAUGAAAUUUAAGAUUUGAUAUUUUAUUUUCAUAGAAAUCCAAGCCAAAGGGAAUUAUAGACUUAAGUUACAGUGCCUUGUAUCCUGUGCAUGACAGUCUUUUUGGAAGGUAAGUCUUUUCUGUUAAACUAAUCCAAAGUAUUGUUUUUGUGAAAAAAAUAUAACUUUUAUCGGUAUGUGAUAAAAACAAAGUGAAUAAUUUUUAUCAUAUUUUAAUAUAAUUUUUUUAUCUCCUUGUUAUGUUACAGACCAAAUUGUUUUCAAAUUGUUAGCAAUUAUGAUAACAAUAAUGAACAGAUAUGUUAUGUGUGUGCUGACAGUGUGGAUCUAGCACAGGUAAAUGUAACACUUUUUACUUAUUUGUUUUUUAUCAUCAAAAACUUUGAACCAGUGCUAUAAUUUUCAUUUUCCAUAAACCAAUUUUUUGUAUUGUGUUAAAAAAUAAAAAUCAAUACUUAAACAAUUUUAAUAAAUAUUGUGUUUCAGAAAUGGAUACAGUUUUUGAAACCAUAUUGUGACAAUUCAAGAGCAAUUAGACCACAGAUUCAUCACGCAUUGCUCAAGGAAUUUCACAAGCUAGAAGUUAGCAUUCUAGAUGCUCACAGAUUCCCACCUAAAAUUUUAAAUCACCCAUACUGUGUACUCUCACUUAAUAAUGUUCGUGUGGGAAGGACAGAUGUUGGAGAAGGUGCAAAUCCAUUUUGGUCUGCUGACUUUUUCCUAGAGUAAGUAUUGCCUAUAUGUUAUAAGAUUCUAGUAAUUCUAGUAAAAUUGAUAACUGAAUGAAAUCGAAUUUUGCAUUAAAUUACCAUUACCAGAUAAUUUAGCACUUACUGCUUAAAUUUCUUAUUUAGAAAUGUCUUGCUACUCAAUUGUUUAUCAGUUAAUUUUUAAGGGGGUUGAAGUUAAGAUUUUUAAUUAUUUAGCAUGUGUUUUAGAAAACUAGAAACAUUCUUCAAAAUGCAGUUUCAAAUUUUUUUAUUCCCUUAAGCUUGCUUGGUCCUUUAAAUAUAUAAACUUGCUGAUUACAUUCCUGUUUAGUCACCGCCUAUUCGGUUAUCUUUUUUCUGCUGAUAUUUUGUUAAGGAACUGUUACACUUCCUUCACUGAAAUAUGUGAUACAGAUAAGCAAAAUAUCAUUGUGCUAUAUUAGAAAAUUUUAAUUUUGCUAGAGGUAAUCACAGAGUGUACAUUGUUCCCCAUUUAUUUUUAUUAAAUAAGAUCAGCACAAUAAUUAAGUACAGAAGUAUAUCUAAGUUUUUUUUAAUGCAAAAAAACUUUGAAAAAUGAGGCUAGAGUGCUUUCUUUUCUAAACAAAGAAGUACAUUGAGAUCAUGGAACACAAGAUUUUAAUUUCUCAUUAUUUGUUGUUUCUUGUUUUGUCUUGUCUGCUGAAAUAGGAAUUUUGCUGAAACAUCCUUUUAAUUGUCCUAUCUUUUUCUUUUCAAGCCUAUAUUUCUUGUUUCACCAUUUAUUUCCUCUACAUUGCUUAAGUGCUGUCUCUCACAUAUUAUCACAUUUUAAUCUGUGUAUCAUGAGUUGCAACACUCACACUGGAUUAUAAAAAAUGAACAAUAUUUUAAACAUUUCUUAUUUUCAGUGACAUUCCACCAACUGUAGAAUCUUUUACAGUUCUAUUGUUCAACAAAAUCAAAAGAUUAAAGGAUGCAGAAAUAGGUAAUAUUGUAUUUAUUAUUUCAUCUGCCAUGGCAACUUAAUUAAAGAAUGGGAAAUAUGUUAAAAAGGAAUGGUUUUUUUCAACUUUGCGACAUAUGACAUGCAUCUUUAUAUUUUUGGAAACAUAAAUAAAUAUUUUUAUAAAAGAAAUACAAAACUGUCAAUUUAUUUAAGUUACUUUUAUAAUUUUUUAUGAAAAAAGUCUCUGUAAUAUUUGUGACUUUAUUGGUAUAAAUUAUUUGUGAAUUAUUUUUUCUUCACAGCUUCUGUUACUGUGCUUUUAUCAGAACUUGUUGGUAGAGGGUUUGUAGAUGAUGCAUACUCUUUACAGCCAAUGGCAGGCACAAAAGGGGAAUUGGGAUCACUACGUUUAAAGUCUAGAUAUCAACAUGAAAUAAUAAUGCCUCAGGAGGAAUACACUAGCUUAAAAGAGGUGUGUUUUUUCUUUCUUUACAACAAUAAACUAAAAACCAUUUGAAGUUAUUUAGUCAUGAUUACAACUCAGCAAACAAAUAAUGGCCUUUGCUAUUUACCUGUAUUUAAGAUGAGAUAAUGAGAUAAUGCACAUAAUAAAUACAUAUUUUAACCAAGACAACAUUUUACAAUUAGAACAAUUUAAACACAAGACUUCUUAAGUAUUUCUCUAAAGUAGAGAUCAGCCAUCAAUGAACUCCUUUAGUGACAAUUAUGACUUAAUUAGUGAUUAUUUCAAUUUGAUAACCCCUGGAGGAGCACACUGGUAAAUUUGUACAGACAGGUAUUACUCAGCCAAAAAAAUUAAGACAAUUUUGAUUUUGGUGCAAAGUACAUUAUUGGCUCAAUAAAUGCAUAGAAUCUCCUAUGCCUAUAGCUAAAAUACAUGUCAGUUGAUUUGAAAUCCUGUAGCAGAUUGUGUUUCUUUGAAAUUAAAAUCACAGAGAAAAACAUUUGUCACUAUGGAUGUUGUCCGUUCCUAGUAACUAGUGGAACAAAUGUAACUGCUCUAGUUUAUAAAUAAUGAGAGAUGCAUGCUUUCAUUAAUAUUAGUUACAUAAAAAAUGACAUUCCUAUUCGUAAUUAUGGUAUACACACAAUGAUCAUUGAUGAGUCUACUACACAUAAAGCAAUGAGAAGUCAUGUUGGUAGUGUGUGUGGUAAAUGACUUGCACUUGGCCAAUCCUUACAUUCUUUAUAGGGCCCUCUAGACAAAUCAAGGGAAAUGGUAAACUCAAAGUGUAAGUUUUAAAUGAAACUUUUAGCCAAAAUUUGCUAUAGUAAAUGUACUCUGAUUUUUACCAUUCUGAUUUUUACCUGGAUUUUUACUAAUAUCAAUAGCAAAUACUCAACCUGUAGCCAGCAGAAAAUAUGCAAAUAAUGUGAUCAUAGUUUAUUAAGCAUAUUUUCUAUCUGUUGCUGUCAAAAUAUUUUCAACGUCUGAUUACAAGUCAGUUUUAAAUUCCAACAUUUUAAAUAUUAAAAACAAUACAUUUUUUAAAAUCGUUGAAAAUUGUUUUUUACAGUUACUACUAGAUGAUGGGUAUGAGCAUAUUUUGACUAUAUCUCAAGUUUCUGGAGAAAGUGAGCGUUCAACAUUAGCUUAUGCGCUAUUACAGAUUUUUCGCCAUGAACGAAAAGAAGCCGGAUUGCUGUGUGCUUUAAAUGACAAAGAAAUAGAGAAGGAAGGUAAGUGCAAAGAAAAAUAUUUAUUUGAAAAAAAUAAUAUAAUAUAUAAAAAAUGUCAAAUUAUAAUAAUUUGUAUUCUUGUUUACAUUUCAUAGUCAGACACAUACAUUUUAUAACUUAUAUACAGGUAACCUUUAUCAUGAUGCUUCUUUAGAUUUCCGUAGGGUUUCUCUUUUAAAACAUUUUUACCUUGGUCAUCUUUUCAGUUUCACAAAUGCACAAAAUAAAUAUUAUUUUGUAAUUAUUUGAGUUUGACAGACGAUAGUUAUUAAUUUUAAUAAUAGUUUUGAAAUUAUUUUUCAAGCUGAAGUAUCAACAUUAUUUCGGGCUGGCUCUCUAGCAACAACUCUUAUGGUGCAAUAUAUGAAGUUAACUUCUACAAAUUUUGUUCAGAGGGCAGUAAAAGAAUCUGUUCAAAAGAUAGUGGAGCUUAAACAGUCCUGCGAGGUGAAGUGAAUUUUAUCAAUUUAAAUAAAUAAGUUUAUCACCUAUUUCAAUGAUUUAAAAAUGUUGAAGACAACUGUAUUUAAAGAUUAAGUUGUGUAAUUUUAUUUCAGCUUGACCCAAAAUUUUUGGAGAAUACAACAGACCAGCAAUCAAAUUCAGAUUUUUUUCUUCGCCUUUUAACAGAGGUUGUGGAAUCUAUAUUUUCAUCAAUAGAUUCUUGUCCUCUGUAAGUAAAAAAAUCAUUUUUCAAAUAAUAUCAUCAUUAAUUUUUAACAUACAAAUUUGUGCUAAAAUCUCUCCUAUUUUUGUUACCAAUUAAAAUAGUCACCAGACGUACUUGACAAAGAACUGGAAUUCAAAGAAAGUUUUUAGUAAAAAAUGGAUUUUGAUAUUUAUAUAAAUUGCAAGACACAUUUUAUUUUUCUAUUUUGCAUAAUUCAUGGCUCUUUGACAGUUUGCCUACAAGUUACUUUUAAGAGCUCAUAGGGUUAUUCCUAAUCACUUUUAAAGUGUAGACUUCCAAUAAUAGUUUUUUUAAAAUCUACAUUUUCAGAACCUUACGUUUUGUGUGUAACUGUUUACAAAAAAGAGCUAGAGCAAAAUGGCCAAGUGAUGAUACAGUGAAAACUCGUGUUAUCAGGUAAAAAAAAUUAGAUUCAACAUUUAAUUAUCAUUAACUUGUGAAUAUGUCUAACAAAUGAUUUAAUUAGAGGCCAACUUAAGAUAACUCAUUUUAUGCUCAUUCCUCAGUGGCUUUAUAUUUCUCCGUCUCCUCUGUCCUGCAAUUAUCAACCCAAAGUCUUUCAAUUUAGUUUCAGGUAAGUUUUAUUUCUCAAAUUACCGUUAUUUAUAAUUUUUUCCUCCAGUUUUCAAAAUACAGUCACCAUUACUAUCUAUCAAAAUGAGCGAAAAAAGUAUGGGAAAGCCUGAAAAAAAUAAUGCAACAGGUUUCAGGUUUUCCCAUACUUUGUUUCACACAUUUCCAUUUUUUAACCUGAUAGCAGUCUUUCCCCCUUGUUACCAUUUUAAUCUAUAUUAACUUAAAGCUCUCAAACAUCUCUGUUUUUUAAAUGUAGAAAAUCCUUCAGAAACUGCAGCCAGAACUCUUAAACUUGUUGCAAAGGCUUUACAGAAUUUGGCAAACCUUGUUGAUGUUGGACCUAAGGUAAUGUACAAUCUUCAUUUAUAAAAAAAAAUUUGUAUGCAUCAAAUUUAUUAAUUUCCCACUUAGUUCAUAUUAGUAAUCUCCUAUAUGAUUAAAGAAUAUAAUUUGUAACUAAUUUUCUGAGCUGUUAAUUUCCCUGUAAUUAUAUAUAACACCAAAGCCAGCCUCCCGAGCUAGCACAGAGCAAUCGUAUACCAUGAAAUAUAUUCCAAGCCUACAAAACAAUACCUUGAACAAUGAUUACAUAUUAUUAUGCUAUGUGUUACUCAUUCCUUCCUCACUGAAUGUUUGACAUUUUUUAUUCACGGAAAAAUUCUUCAGGCUUAUGUAAAUACAUGAAAUAAUAAGUCUUCUGUCCUGUUUCGUAGACAGAUUUGAAUGAAACUAUAUGCUUUAUUAAAUCAGGAAUCAAUGUUUAAUAUUUUAUUUACAAAGACCAUGAAAAAAUGUAAAUAUAAGGAAAACAUUGAAGUGAGCAUGACAUGUAUUUUAUUAUCUAGGAUACACAUUAUUCUGCACUAGAUACCAUACACUUUGUAUAUAAAAUAAGAACAUAUUUUUAGCCUUGAUUAUAUCAGGAUUUACUACAGUUGUUAUUUUCAUUGUUUUAAAACAAUUUAUUUUUUAUAAAGGAAGCUUACAUGGAAGUUGUUCAACCUUUUGUCAAGAAAAAUAAAGACAGAAUGAUUUCAUAUCUUGAUGAGCUGUCUGUAUGUAAUCUAUUUACAUUAUAUGUUGUUUCUAAUUUCAGUAGUCAAUAUUUUCUUAUCAUCAUAGGUAUGAAAUUUUAAGAUGAUGUUAUUUGUUAAAAUAUGAACAUCCAUCUAACCCUAAAAUACCAUGGUUCAUCAGAUUACUUUUUUUUUUAAUAAUAUAGAGGUUAAGGCAAUAUUCAUCACAAAUGCAUUGUGGCAAUAAUUUUUUACAGGGCUAUUUAGUUUAGUAUCAUAUACUGGUCUAUUAUUAUUUACCUUUUGCUGACUGGUCUGCAACAAGUCAACCUACAAGUUAUAAUAUUUCAUAAUUUAAAAUUUUUUUUUUAGUUUACCUUAUAUAUGUAUGGCAUCUUUCCGUCUGCGGGAGACGAUAGAUUAUCUUUAUUGCUUGCAGCUCUUGGUGUGGCUGGUGAGACCAAUCCUCAAAUGGCAGUCUCUGUUACAUUUUCCCAGACACGAAUGCGGUGGAGCAGUAUUUACCGGCCUUCCUCCUCGCUCUUUUUGCAGCUGUUUCCGCCCUGUUUUGCUCCUUGGCAUGUAGUGAUCCUGCCUUCACAAUGUCCCGCCAUGAGGAUCGAUCCUCUGCCAGCUCCUCUCAGUUUGAGAUGUUGAUGUGAGCUGACUUCAUGUCUCUUUUGCAUAUGUUUAAAUAUCUCAGACGAGGCCGUCCAACUGACCUUUUCCCUGUCGCCAGCUCGCUGUAUAGCACGUCCUUUGGUAUGCGACCAGGUUGCAUUCGCUUGACGUGUCCAAGCCAGCGGAGGUGUCUUUGGAUUAACAUGGCUGGGAGGCUACACAUGUUUGUUUGGGAGAGGACAUCCGUGUUGGGGACUUUGUCUUGCCAUUUAAUGUCAAGGAUGUGGCACAGGCAUCUGAGGUGGAAGCCAUUGAGCCUUCUUUCGUGGUUAGAGUAUGUGGUCCACGACUCGCAUCCAUACAGGAGUGUGCUCAGUACGCAGGCCCGGUACACCUGCAGCUUAGUUCUUGUUGUGAGUUUGGCGUUUGACCAGACUCUUUUUCUUCAGUCUGGCCAUAACAGUUGCGGCCUUCCCUAUCCUUCCACUUAUCUCAUCCUCCAUUGAGAGGGUGCUCGAUAUGUUGGAUCCCAGAUAUGUGAAACUGUCAACAGUGUCCAAGUCGUAGUAGUCGAUGGCGAUAGUGGGGAGGGAGUCAGCGCCCUGUGCCAUAAUGUUAGUUUUCUUUAGGCUAAUUGUCAGGCCAAACUCUUUUCAGGCAGCGGAUAGGCUGUCUGCAGGCCGUCAGCUGUGUGAGAUACCAAAGCGGCAUCGUCCGCAGCAUGACCUUUCUUGUUUUAGUCUUAGCUCUAAGGCGGGCAAUGUUGAAUAAUUUGCAGUCAUUUUCUAGUGUGGAUGUAUAUCCCCUCGCUGUUGUUCUGAAAGGCAUACUGGAGUAGGAUGGAGUAAAAGAUUGCAAAUAAAGUAGGAGCCAGCACGCAACCUUGCUUUACUCCACUACCCACUGGAAAAGCUCCUGAGGAGGCACCGUUAUAGCACACUGUGCCCUGCAUGUUUUCGUGGAACUGCUUGAUGUGUAAAGCAGUCGUGUAGGGCAGCCUAUCUUUUUUAGGAUCUGAAACAGGCCGCUUCUGCUGACAAGAUUAAAAGCCUUAGUGAGGUCGACAAACGCAAUGUAUAAAGGCAUAUGUUGCUUCCUGCAUUUCUCCUGCAGCUGGCGCAGAGAGAAGAUCAUGUCUAUUGUUGACCUACCGGCGUGAAAACCACAUUGCGAUUCUGGGAGUACACGCGAUGCUAGGAUCUGUAGGCGUGCUAAUGCAACUCGGGCGAAAGCCUUUCCAACUAUGCUGAGGAGGGAGAUUCCACGAUAGUUGUUGCAUUCACUCUUGUCUCCUUUAUUUUUGUAUAAUGUAACAAUGUUUGCAUCUUUCAACUCUUGUGGUAGCUGUCCCUGUUCCCAGCACAGAGUAAGGAAAUCGUGCAAGGGCCGUAAUAGUACUCUUUUUCCACAUUUCAGAGCUUCUGGUGGGAUACCAUCAUUGUCCGGGGCUUUCCCUCUGGCGAGACAAUCGAUGGCUCUACUUAGCUCUUUUGUGGUGGGUAGGGUAUCAAGCUCCUCCAUGACCAGUAAGUCUGGGAUAUCGUCCAGGGCAGCGGUUGAGAUAUGGUUUAUCAUUGCGUAAAUUUCCAAGCAGUGCUCUAUCCACCACUUUAGUUGUUUAUCUCGAUCAGUAAUAAUGUCCCCUGAUUUGGACAUUAAGGACGCAGUUUUGGAGAUCAGAGGGCCUGUUGCUUGCUUUAUAUUCUUGUACAUUGCCUUUGCAUCACCUCUAUCAGCAGCUGAUUGUAUCCUGGACCUUAGAUUGAGCCAGUAUGUGUUAGCGUAUUGGCGAGCUGCCUGCUGGGCAUUUGUCUUGGCGCUUUUAAGUGAUUGUAGAGUUGCUGGGCAAGGUCUGUCUUUAUAAGCUAAGAGGGCCUUUCUUUUUGCAUCGGUGACAUGUUUCAUUUCCUGCCAAUGGACCUCGAACCAAUCUGCACUUUUGCGUUCUCUCUUUCAAAAUGCCGUGAUAGCCGAGUUAUAGAUAGUGUCCCGCAAAUGUGACCAUUUGGACUCGAUAGUGUCCAUUUGUGGCGUUUGUACAAGAGCUUCCUGUAGACUAAGGGUGUAUACUUCUGUUCUCUCUGGGUUUUUGGUGAAGCAGAUGUUUAUGCGUGGUUUACUCUUGUUUUUAGUGUGAUACAGUUUCUUUGGCUGUAGCCUUAUCUUGCUAGCCACUAAGGCUGUGGUAGCUGUGUGUGAGGAGGACACUGGUCAGUUGUGUGCUUCUUGUGAUUAUGAGAUCUAACUGGUGCCAGUGUUUAGAGCGGGGAUGCCUCCAUGACACUUCGUGGAUAGCCUUACAGUUGAAGUAGGUGUUAGUUACACAUAGUCCAUGUAGGCAGCACAGUUCCAAUAGUCUCUGCCCAUUUUCAUUUAACCUGCCUCUUCCAAAAUGGCCGAGGCAUGUUGGCCAGGCCAUGUGAUCGCUUCCUCCUACUCUUGCUUUGAAGUCACUUAAAAGGUAAAUUGCUUCGUUGUUGGGUAUGCUGGCUAUUGUUUGAUUAAGAUGUUCGUAGAACUAGUCUUUGGCUUCUGAGCUGGAGGAAAGGGUUGGGGCAUAAGCACUGAGGAUGUUGACUAAACCUGAAGAUGUUGAUAGACGGAUAGUUAGUAUUCUAUUUGUGCCCUUAGUCGGUGGUUCUAUGGAGGAGCAGAGUGUGUUUUUUAUAACAAAACCAAUCCCAUGUUGUCUUGGUGCGUCCAUUGGUCCACCCCGCCAGAAGAAAGUGUAGUUGUGUUCUCUUAUGGUACCAAAUUCGGGGAGCCUAGUUUCCUGGAGACAGGCAAUAUCAAUGUUUAGCCUGCUAAGCUCUCUAUCAAUGAUAGCUGUCUUCCUUGCAUCGUUUAUGAGCUGCAGGUCGGCAGUAAUGCCCGGGCACAUAGUCCUUACGUUCCAGCUUGCUAGUCCAAGAGCUGGGGUCUUCUUUUCUUUUGUUUUCUUAUUUUUAGGUGCAUGUUUUUGUGGCCUACUUGUGGAGAUGUUCCUCUGAGUUUACCUUAAUAAAUAUCAGAAUUACACUUUGACAUAAUGGUCUGAUGCUUAAAUUAAGAGCAGCAGUUGCCCUACUUAUGAUUUCUUAAGGUUUUUUUAAGAGUUAGUUUAUCUGGUUAAAUAACAUUUCAGUAGAUACCAUUCAAGAAAACUAUUCUCAAAUAAACUCCUUUUACAAUUAUAUAAAUCUAUCUCCGUCUCAGUUAAUAAGUUUGGGGAAAUUCAGAGCACAACACAAGUUAAAAGUCUGCAAGGCAAUUUUUUUUAUGGCAAAAUAUGUGAAGCUAGAAAUAAUUUGUGAAUUUAACUAAUGUUGUUGCAGAAUAUCCCAAGAGAGCCUUCAGUUCAUGAAAUUUUGCCAGGAGAUUCUGCAAGAGAGCUUGCAACCAUCCAUCAGCUAUGUGAUACUCAUCUAGAUGCUUUAAAAGCUCUUAUGCAAAAUCAGGUAAAAUUGAUGCAAAUUUUUAAAAAGCAUAAUAAAUUCAUUGCCAAAUUUGAGAGACCAAAUAAGGUUUAAAACCCUGUAUUAUUAAGUAUGACAUGAGUGUGUUUAUUUAUUUUUUUUUUAGCUCCUGAUCCUAGAAACUUGAAAUUUGUAACACAUUUCAGUUUGGUGGUAAAUUUUAAUUAACAAGUUUUCUAAAUUCUUAUUUACCUAUUCUGAAUUAUAUGUAAUCAAAAUUUCAAAGCAAAGCACAAAUGACAUGGACCACAAGCAUCCAAAAUAAUCAGAGCAAUAAAUUUUAGCAGAUGUAUCUAAAAUUUAACCAGCAUAUUUUAAAAGCUGGCUGACAAAGUUAGUUAAUCAUGCUGAUAAUUCGAAGUUGAUGCCCACUCUGGUAUGUCUUUCUUUGCAUUUGUUCAACAGUAACAAUAAAAGAUGUGCGCAAUUAAAAAUGAUUUUAAAAAAAACAUAAAAAAGGCUUUUUUUAUCCCCUAUUUUUUUCUGUUUUAAGCUAGUAAUUAUGGAUGAAUGAUCCACAGCCAAUCGUAUUUCUCUGUCCAUUCAUCACUGGCUACAGAAAGGACUUAAAACUAAUAACCAAAAAAUUUUUUUAAUUUAUUAUUACCCAUUAACCCACGAACUGUGGCAUAGAUCAUUCUGUAGUGUGUGAGCUUUUCAGAACUUUUUGAGUAACUUUUGAAAUAGCAUUAAAUGAAAUAAAAAUAUUGAUACAAGACCCCAAUAAGUAUAUAUUUUUAGAAAGGUACAUGGGUGGGGAAAAAAGUUGGCUAUAUUGCCUAUCCUGUAAAAAUAAUUGUUUAGUUUCCUUGACCUUGGAGUGACAGGUCUCGUAAAAGACAUCUCAAAGCCAUACAUUGUACGCCAAAAUCUUAAGAGUAAACAGGUCUGCUUCACCCCUCCCACUUUUGGAAAAAAGUCUUUCUAAUAUAGGCACUAUACGCAGGAGGAAAAAGGGUGGUGUUGACUUGGUAGCGUAUAGGUCUGCAUGGGAGGGGUAAGGGGGUUUCUAAAUAUUUUAAAAGACUAUAAUUUAACACCACUGCGUUUUGUAAUAAUCCUCAUAUUGUUGUUUUAUUUUCACAAUGCAACAGCAAUAUUAAGUCUAUUCUCCCUAAUGAAAAUUUAGUGAACAUUCGUUUUUGUUUGAUUCGGUGCUGUAUGAUGUAAUUUUGUGCCAUACUUAUUUUGUACUUCAGCUGAACGGCGAUGAUUGGAAAAAUGAAGAAAACUACCGAUUUAAAAAAAAAAAUUCAUUCUUAACUGCACCACACAGCAGCCUUAGUUUUUUGUGUGCAUAUUUUAUAUGAUAUAGUAAGCUACAUUUGGAUCUAUUUUUAGAAGUCACUAAGCAGCUGUACCAUAUCCCAGCCCUCCUCUUCUCUUGUCCCAUUAUAGUUUGCUGCAGUUAUUAUGCUACAUGUUUUUUUAAAGGCCAGAUACAUUAUUUUCAAUAGUGCACUGUAUAUAAAUAUAUUAACGUCAAUCAUUUACUUUGAGAAGUGACCUUAAUUUAACAUCCCAUGGACUGUGCGGUUAUUUAUUUACUAUUGCAAUUCAGUAUUUUGAGAUGGUAAAGUACUCUCCUGAGGCUAUAUUGUACUAUCUUGGGAGUUCUAGUGUUACCAGGUCUAGUAGCUGGUGUAUGAACCGCAGGCUGUCAUGUGUCAUUUGUCAUACAAACUGUGCCACCAAGUCAUCCUAUUAGGUAAUUUAGUAAUAUAUCUUUUUUUCUCCCACAGACCUCUACGAGAAGAAUAGUGGUGGUGACAGAAAUGUUGACAAAUCAUAAAAAAAGAUAUAUGGGAGACUCAUGACAUCCACCAACUAUGGCAUCAAAGUCGAGUGAAUUUCAGAUAGUGCAUCAGGCCAUGAGGAUUUUAUCGUGUACUCGAUCGUGUCCAUGAUGUUAAAUGGAUUUCAUGCCUCGUGGAUCAUUUAUGUAUAUCCUAUGGCAACUUGCAUCUGUGCCUCUCUGGAAUUAAAAAUCCAUUCAUUGUUGCAUUACAAUGAAAGUUCAUUAAUGGAUUUUUAGCAGACUUUAGAUUAUUUCAUGAUAAUAAUUGUGGCAAAUUAUAUAUUGACUGACAGAAUUGUAAUUGCUUGUCUAUCAUUUUGACUUUUAAUUCUGUCAAGUUGGUUAAUAUAUCAAUAUAAACCGUGGCAAUGACUGUUGCUCAUACAAACAUGAUAAAGGAUGACUAGCUCCUAUUUUGCCUUUUUAGUAAAUUACUUUAUAUUAUGCAAAUGAAUAGUUCUAAUUUCAUUGCUGAAUAUUUGUAAUUUUCAUUUAACAGACAUAAGUGCUGAAUGAGUUCUAAGGGAAGCAUUCCUAAAAUCAAAUCCAUUGUCUUAAGAUAUGCAUUUUUAAAAAAAAAUGUGAUGUUGCAUUUAACAGUUUUAUUACAAUUUUUUAAUUUUCUCUCUCAUGUCUUAAACCACAUAUACCUAACUUAAAAAAUGUUCACUUCAUUGUGGUUUGCAAUCAUGAGAACUUUUUUCUAUUACAUAUAUCAUUUUCACAAAUUAAAUUUACUUUAUCAGUUUAUAUCUUGCACAAGCAAAGCUGAUAACUUAUAAAUCUAUGCAGGGCUUUUUGUGCUGGAAUAGUAUGGUAAUUUUAAUUUCAGAUAUUUUUUUUUAUUAAUCUUUAUAUUAUUCAUUUCUUAUAUACAUCUUAAUUUGUCACAAUUAAAGCAAUAUAAAACGAGAUUAUUCUUUUCAUACAUUUGUCUAAUAUUAGUAGUUUGAUGCAGUGUUUUUUUUUUAAAUUUAAAAAAUAAGCCUUGAUGGCAGUGUAAAGGGGAAACUAAUAAUUACUAUUAUUUUAUAUUCUUUGACAAUGAUAAUGGCAAUAUUGCAAAUGACAGCAAUGCUUUCCUUAUUUAUGUGUUCUCAACCCAUAGUUCUCUCUAUAUAUAUAUAGACAUUUAUUACUCAUUUAAAAAAAAUAGAUAUCUUAAAUAUUUGUCAAUUUCUAAUUUAAAAAGCCAGUUGGUGAGUAAAAAAUGUACCUUGUAAAAAUGGAAAAUAGUUUGACUUGGUUUAAGUUUGUAUUUAAGUAUUAAGACAUUAGUGAAGGACAGUAAUGUAAGGGUGGCUUUUAAAUUUAGUUUUCAUAAUUUAUCUAUAGCAAUUAAGACAUGGCAGUCAUGAAACUUUUAAUUUAUCUAAGUGUUUUUAGGAUAGUUGCAUAAUGCUGUAGGAUUAAAUGCAGUUUCUUAUCAAAUCUAUUAUGCAAAAUAAAUUAUGAAAUUCGCUUAAAAAUAUGCAUUUCAUCUGAAAUUCUAAAACAUGUAAAUUUAUUUUGAGCGACUUUUUAUGCCUUGUAUAAACUUAAACUGGUUCAUUAAAUAUCUUGUGAAAUUAAUGUUUUUUGUCAUAAAGUUGCCUUUAAAAAAAAUUCAUGACCCAGAACUACACAAGUAAAGGAGUUAAAUAUUUCUAUUAAAGUGCCAUAAGCUCAAGGUGAUUCAUUCAAUGUUCCCAGUGACUUUUAUUGCUUUUGUCAGGCAAAUUAUAUGUUAUUAAAAAUUUUGUUUUAACUUAUUGAUAUAAGAGGGCCGAGUUAAAGGAUAUCAAUCUUUUGACUUAAGCACUAUCACUAAUAGGUAAUAGUUACCGUCCAAAUAAUUAAGCAUUUAUUUUCUUUAAUUCUUCAUUCACAGACAGUUCACAAGAAGUUCACGUAAUAAAUGAAUAUUUUGCUUACAUUCUUUUAGAAAAGUGCUUGAUAUUAAUGCAUCUCUAAACCUCCUUUUAGCAAAAAGAAUUUUCAGUUAUGUGCAAUAUUGAAACAGACGAUGAGUUAUUUGAGGAAGUUACUGCAAUAUUUUUUUUUAUCAAAUUAAAUUUUCACGCUAAUCAGAGCAGUUUUUAAAAAAGCUUCUUUUUACAUUAGGAUUUGGUUAUGAACAUUAAAUGUACUGCAAAAAGAAUUAAUGAUGGAUAAUUAAAAUAUAUUUUAAAAUUCUAUAAGCCUUUAUCAGUGGUUCUCAACCUUCCUAAUGUCGCAACCCUUACUCAUGUUGUGGCGACCCCCAACCACAAAAUUAUGUUUAAUGCAACUUCAUAACUGUAGAGUAUAUUUAUUCUCUGAUGGUCUUAGGCGACCCCUGGAAAAGGGUUGUUCAACCCCCAAAGGUGUCGCGACCCAUAGGUUGAGAACAGCUGCUUUAGUCACUGGUAAACUAAGUUUUAAACUAAAGAAAACUUUACAAAAAUAUGUGAAUCCAGCUAAAAGUAAUUUAAAGUGCAGUAUUUACUAUUCUAAAAUAAUCAAUUAGUAUGUAAAGGUUCCUGUAUAUAUCAAUUUUUUUUCAAAUGUAAAGUAUGAAAGCAAGAUCAUUAAUCAUUCUUCAUUUUUUUACAAAUUUCCACACAUUCAACAAAAUCUUUUCUAAUAGUUCAGAUCAGAGAUCAUGUGACUCUGAAAUGAAAAUAAUAGUAAAAAAAAAGAUGUACUUUCAGGUAAUAGUAAGAUGUAUCUCAUAUGGAAUUUGUAAUGGAGAAUGAAACUUCUGGACGGAUAUUUGUAAAUAAUGUUCAUUUAUAGCAAAAGCUUAUUCAAUGGAAAGUAUCUUUGUAAAAAAACAUAUUUCAGUAAAAAUAUAUGGCAGCAUGUGAUAUAUAAAUCACCUGUAAAUUGUAAAUGUUUCAUGAACUUUUGUGCAUUGAAUGAAAUAGGAUGUUUCUUUUGUCAGCAUAAGGCUACACUUCGUGUCAUUAUAAGAUGGACAUAAAAUUAAAUUUAUAGAUUGGGAAGUUGAUUUUAAAAUAAUUUUUAAUGAUCCUACUCUAUUGCACCUACCAACUACAGGAGACUAAGUGUAUCAUUUUGAUCAUAUCAACUUUGCAAGUUUUACUUAUACUUCUUCUGUAAAAACUUUGAAUAUAUACAUAUAACACAUCCUUUUAAAAAACCACAAUUAUUUUAAUGCAUAUUUUGAUUGUUCUUAUAAACAGCUAUUACUGUAUUUAUAUCAGUACAUGUAUUUUCCAUCC